AUGAGCACCUAUUGGUUGAAGAACUUCGUGGGCAUACCGCAGUCCGAUUUCGAGAUGUUAAAAGUGCCGAGGCCUAGCACGGAGUUUUGUGUACAUGUGACUUUCAGGAGUAUUCAGACAGGGGCUUUGCUUGGUUCCGUUCUUGGUCCUCUUUCUGCCAUGAUAUUCGAUACGAAAAAUACGAACUCAAAAGCACUUACUGAGAGAUUCGUCAAGGGUGGAACAAAUGGUGCUUUAAUUGGUGCAGUUAUGGGACCUUUACUCACAUAUCUCGCUCUGCGUGAUAUGAAUACAGUACGAUUGUACGAUAAAUGCUAUCGAUUAAGAUUCGAUAAGCAACAACUAUGGCAAGAUCGGACAUGCCUUAUUUCAGCAGCACUUGGCUAUCUGACCAGCGGUUCAUUGGGAUUAGUUGUCGGGCUUGACCUUGCCGUGGUGAUGAGUAAUUUGAUGGGUAAAGCUUGGUAG